AUGCCGCCCAAGGGAAAGAAGAGUCAGGAACCGAAGGGUGAUCCGAACCAUGUCUUUUCAGAGGGGGAUAUCGUCCUGGGAAAGGUCAAGGGUUACCCGAACUGGCCUGGACAGAUCGUCAAGCACGAUUCGGCACCUCCGAAGGUGCAGAAGGAGAAGCCUCCCAAGGGGAAGAACUUGAACCUCGUGCAGUUCUUCACGGCCGGAGACUACUCCUGGCUCCCCUCUCGCGACAUCUUCGUCCUCACGCCGCGCGAAAUCGACGCCUUCCUCUCGGACAGCAAGAAGAAGAAAGGCGACCUCUUUGACGCGUACAGCGUCGCCAAGGACCCAGUCGAGUGGAACCGCCAGCGCGCGGACGCACAGGCUGAGUGGGACGAGUUGCAGGCUCAGUUGGCGAAUGAGGAGGACCAGCUUGCGAGUGAUGCGGAGGGGGAGAGCAAGGUUGAGGGGAAGAAGAGGAAGAGGCCGGCGCAGGCGGACAAGCCUAAGGGCGCGGAGAAGAAGAAGGCUACCAAGGCGAAGAAGGACGACGACGCGCCCGCGCCCAAGAAGGCCAAGACUGCUGCUGCUGCCUCGGACGACCCUGCCGAGACCGUCAAGAGCUGGCGGCACAAGCUGCAGAAGGUCUUCCUCGGCAAGACCGACCCCGCAGCCGAGGAGAUGUCCAAGUGCGCCGAGUACUUUGACGCCAUGGAGAACUUUGAGAUGAAGGAGGAGUGGCUCAAGGAGUCGAAGCUCAACAAGGUCCUCAAGCGCAUCGCGCUCAUGAAGGACGGCGUGAUCCCCGACGAAGACAAGUACAGCUUCCGGGAGCGCUCGAGCCAGCUCGCGUCCAAGUGGGCCAAGAUGUUUGAUGGCGCCGGCAACGAGUCGCCUGCGCCUGCGGCCGCCGGCACGUCGACCUCGGGUGAGGCUGCCGCACCCAACGGCGACGCGCCCAAGGAGGAAGAGGCUGCUGCUGCGCCUGCUGAGGAGGACAAGAAGGACGAGGCGGAGCCUGCUGCGCCGGUUGAGGAGAAGAAGGAAGACGACGCGCCUAUGCAGGUCGACGAGCAGCCCAAGGAGAACGGCGUCGAGGGCGACAAGCAGGCUGAUGCGCCUGUCGAGGAGCCCAAGAAGGACGACGCCCCCGCCGCUGAGGCUUCGGCUUAG